GUCCUGCGCCUGGCGGGCUGGCAACGGGCGCGAGGAAAGCAGAGCAGGAGCAAUGGCGUCCAAAGAGGAGCACGCAGUAAAAAAUCUCAACAUGGAAAAUACCGACCAGGAAAAUGAAAAAAAAGAUGAAAAGGAGCAAGUUGUUAAUAAAGGAGAGCCCUUGGCCCUCCCUUUGGAAACUGGUGAAUAUUGUGUGCCUAGAGUAAAUCGUAGGCGGUUCCGUGUUAGGCAGCCCAUCCAGCAGUAUAGAUGGGAUGUGAUUCAGAGGCUUGAAGAGCCACGGGGAAGGAUGAGAGAAGAGAAUGUGGAAAGGAUUGGGGAGGAGAUGAGACAACUCAUGCAAAAGCUGAAGGAAAAGCAGUUCAGUCAUAGUUUGCGGGCAGUUAGCACUGACCCCCCUCACCAUGACCAUCAUGAUGAGUUUUGCCUUAUGCCUUGAAUCCUGGUGUUUUCUCUGAAGUUAAUAAGGAGACACCUGCUUUCUAAACUUAUGUGUUCAUGAUAUAGCUUUGUUGUAAACCUUUUGAUGUCACUCAUUUCUAGUACGUCUAUUAUUACUUCGAGUUGAAUGUGUUUUUGAUCCAAUCUGUAAGAUUUUGUUAGCAGGAGAACUUUACCUGUUGCAUGGAGAGAUGGUCAUUAUAUUGUGAAACCAAUAAAGCAGUCUAAAAAAAGCAA